AUGGCACCCCCCUUCCGCGCCGACCAGGUGGGAUCCCUCCUCCGGCCAAAAUCGCUUGUCGAGGCACGCCGUAGGGCUCUCCUCCCGCGUGAUAAUCUCCGGGCGGGGUCUCGGGCUGGCGAGAGCCAAGGCGAGGACAAAGGCGAAGACGGAGUCAAGCACGAAAACGACAUUCCCACCGGACAUGCUCAAGUCCAAAAUACUGGCGAUGCCGACGCCGACCCCGAGACCCUCCUCAAAAGGGAACAAGACCACGCCAUCAAGGCCGUGGUGUCGGACCAACUCUCCCGGGGCAUCCUCCCCAUCACGACGGGCGAAUACGAACGCAGCAUCUUCUACGGCAACUUCUUCGAGUCCCUCGCCGGUUUCGAGAUGCGGUACACCCCUCUGGAGCACUUCCGGGCGGGGUUUCCCACGAACCGCCCCCUGCUGGAGUGGGGCGUCAAGGGCCGUGAUGCGGGAUUUCCGACGGCGAACCCCGUGCGGCAUGCCAAGUCGGCAUACCUGGACGACUGGCUGUUCUUGAGAAGUCUGUUACCCGCGGACAGGUGGGGGGAUUGCAAAAUGACGGUCCCGCCGCCGGGGUGGUGGCAUGUGCAAUUGAAGGAGCCGUUCGACAAGGACCUGUACGGCAGUGAUGAAGCGUUGUUGGGCGAUCUGAGCGCGGCGCUCCGCCGGGAGAUCCGCACGCUGUAUGAUGCCGGUUUGCGCGUCGUGCAGGUCGAUGACCCGAAUUUGAGUUUCUUUUGCGACGAGGAAUGGAUCGCGACGUGCAAAGCCGAGAACGUCGAUCUCGACCGUCUGUUAGAAUUAUACAUCAAGUCGCACACCGACGCCGUGGCACACUUACCACCCGACUUGACGGUGGGGAUACACAUUUGCAGAGGCAAUUUCCCCAACGGGGUCGGCCUCGCGAGCGGGAGUUACGAGCGCAUCGCCCAGAAGAUCUUCACCGAGACGCCUUACAGUGUGUUUUAUCUGGAGUUCGACUCGCCCCGGGCCGGUGACUUCACGCCCUUGAAAUACCUGCCUCGCGAAAAAGCCGUGGUGCUGGGCGUCGUGACGACCAAGUCGGCCGAGAUGGAAAGUCUCGAAGCCUUGAAGGAUCGCGUGUAUCAGGCCGCGGACGUGAUUGCGGAGGGUCAGGGCGGGGGCCGUACGCGCGAGGAUGCGCUGAGGGACAAUUUGGCCGUGAGCCCGCAGUGUGGGUUUGCGAGUGAUCAUUCCGAGGGCGGCGUGGGCAUGACAAGGGAGACCAUGUGGGAGAAGUUGGACUUGGUGAAGAGGCUGGCGGAGGAGAUCUGGCCGGGCUGGAGUACGAGGUGA